GAACAAGACACAGUAUGGUAUUUAUGAAGCUCAGCGACGAGGACGGUUCAAUGAACAACUCAACAAAUUACAAGAAGCUCUAGCGCCUGAAAUUCACACUAAAAGCAAGUUGGAAAUAGUCAUUGCAGCCCAGCUGUUUGUGAAGAGAUGCAAAAGUUUACACUCAUCAAAUAACUUUACCAAAAGUGUGGACUCUAAUUUUGGAGGUGGAGAAAGUAUCCACAGUCAGCAGGCAACUGAGCCCCACAUUGAGACACGCAGUGAGCCCCACACACUAACACAAAGCACAAACAAACAUGACUCUCAGCAUGAAAACCAUCUCUUAAAUGCAUCCCCUACUCUUCAUCAGAAAAAUUUGAGAACGGUAGAAAAUCCUGUGGCUGUUCUUGAUAUUCCAGAAAUAAAAAUGACUUUGCUUAAUAGACCAAUAGGUCCAGUGAUUGGAAAGUCACACAACGACAAUGUUAUAACAGGUAAAACCCCAGAGAAAUUUCAGGUUCUGAGUAAGAAUAAUAUUGUGAUAAAUCACACAAAAAACAAUUUGAGUUUAGUACCAUCCAUUUUAUUACCUCAAAUAACUCCAAAUCUUUGCAGAAAUGCUGGAGGUCUUCAGGAUAUCAAUAAUGAUCCAAGUAAAGUAUCCUCCACAUUGUCUUUAAACUCAGAAACUGUAAAAAUUGUUCUCAAUGAUCCCUUAACCACUGUUUCUGAGUGCAGUUCAGCCAUUGUAGGUGCAGUUACCUCUCUGUCUCAUGCUAAUCAUGUAAAAUACCUUGAACCAAGUUCAACAAACACUGUAGUAAUAUCCACUGUAAAUAUCAAACCCACUUCAACUUCCCUUGAUGUCUGUUCUGCUCCAUCCAAUACUGUUGCAUCUUGUAUAGUUGCUUCAAGUCUUCCCAAUGCUCCUAAAAAUAUUCAUCCUAAAUCUCCUCGAAAACUACUGAAAAAGCUACCAAAGUGUAUGAAUACUAGCAUAAAAUUAUUUUUUGACUCAGACAGCAGCAAAAUCUUGGCAUAUCCUGCAUCAACUUUGCCUUCUUCUGAAGGAUUUGUCUCUAAUGCUACUCCUCCAUUGAAGAUUUUGGCACCUAAGAAAACUCCCAACAUUCCUGCUGUAGUUGCCUUUGAACCUAUGCAUGUAGUACCAGACAUUCAACCUGAAACUAAAGUUGUAAUGCUGUAUCCCACAUUAAAGCCAUCAUUAUCUAAGCUGAGACCUAUUGCUCCCAAGCAGUGCCUGACUAUGAAAAAUGUUGUCAUGAUGAAUAGCGAGCCUAAAGAUUUUUUGUUUUCUCCUCCAAUUACAAAACAAGAUUUGUUAGCAGAAAAAAGAAAGGGUACUUAUUCUGGAAACAACAGAUCAGAGAAGCGUUUAAAAACAGCUGUACCUUUAUCAUCCAGGAGUGAUUUGCUUGAAAAUAAAUCCGAUCCUUCCAGUGAUAAAAAAUCGCUGACCGAUAUGGAUUUAAAUUUAGCUGAGAAUACCCAUCCCGAUACAGUGCUCAGUGACAUCAGUCCUAUUGAAGGCACUCAUGAAAUGAGAUUUGCUUCAUCUUCCCAAACCACUAUAACAAGCCAAAGUUCUGCAUAUGAGAGUUCUUGCGAAUUAACAGAAUCAAAUUCCACUCAAAAACAAACUGAAAGCUACAAUAAUCUCGAAACUCUCGACAAUACUUCAAAAGAGCCUGCUAAAACUUCAGAAACGUCGGAAUACAAUAUUUCUAGUCUUUCUGUGUCAUCUGGUGGUAGUCUGCCUAAAAAGGUCGAGCCAGUGACUCCAUGUUCCAUAGUAGGAAACUUCACUGAUGUACGCUCUGCCUCACAAGAUCCUCUAUUGGAUAGUUGUCUGAAAGCUAAUUAUAACAUUAUUUCAAAUGCUUCCUCUGUAUUUAGCGACAAUUUAUCAACUGACGUUCAUUGCAACACUUCGCAUCCUAAUGCUGGGAUUCAAUUUAUGUCUUGUGCUGCAGAAUUCUGUCAGCCCGAAAAAUCUUCUGAGGAGGUAAUGCAAUCAUCUUCUUCAGCUCUCGUUGUUAAGGCAAAUUCGACUAUGUCCACAAUUUGUCCUGUUAUAAAAACCCCCCAGGCAGAAAAUGAUAGUUCAUUUAUUGUAGAAUCGAGACGAUCGUCUUUAUUGGUAGCCUCUCGAAAUCAGUUGGUUGAUCCUCACCCACAAGUUUUGCCCACUUCGUGCCACGUGGCUCCCGUUACCUCCAUUAUUGUGAGUGAUGCUGUUAGCAGUGUUCAUUCUAGUUCCCACUGCCCAACUCCAAAAACGACUAUUUCUGAUCUGAAAUUGAACACUUGUGUUCCUACCAUAAUUUCGCCUGUCGGUAACAUGGUAACCUCAGCUGCUGUAUUAAGCUCUCAACUUUAUCACACUGAUAGUACUAUUUCUACUCGAGUGAAGCUUGACGGUAACGAGAGUAAUUGGAAAUCAGAUAAGAGUCAGGCAUCAUUCCCAGAAGAGAAAAGGGAAAUUGAAAAUUCCAAAACUGAAUCGAUCAUGACGAUAAUUUCAACCCAGCAAUUGUGCGGACCAUCUGUUACCUCAGUGUGUUUGGCAAGAGACAGUCAUCGAUUGCCAAUGGAAGAUGUAAGAUCAACCAGCGAAUGUCCUGGAACUGUUCCGCUCAGUAAGGUAAACUCGCAUUCUGUUGAAAGUAUUUUUAGCUCUACAAAUGGUAACAGCAACUACAGCAUUACUGCAUUGUGCAUGUCCUCAAAGGGGAAAGUAAUUGGUCAUGAUCAAAGUGAUAGCGUGUCCGUAGUGCCUCCUGUUGCUGUGCCAGCGAGACUUGAAAAUCAAUGUACCAGUAUGGCAGGUGAAGGAUCUCGUGUAAAAAAGGAUUCAGAAUCCGGUAAUAUCACACUUCCAGCUGUGUCUUCUACCGAUUGCACUAAGACUCUGGAAAGUAUAGUUUUUACCGAAGGUGACCGCAUCAACAUACCAAUUGUCUCUUCCGACCAUGGAAAUGUUAACGUCUCUGACAGUCAUGUAACAUUGACGACAGAACCUAACAAGUGCCACGACACAAACGUAAAUACUGAAUCAUUAAGUUCGAAAUUAGACCUUCCUACUUAUUCGACUUCAAUGAAUUCCACUUCUUGUCGUCCUGCAAACACCCCUAUAAAUUCCGUUGAAGAUAAACAAACAUUCAGUUAUAUUCCUGUAUCGUCUUUGCCAAUGAAUCUUGUGACUGCGUCUACCCAUGAACCGACAAGUUUAGCAUCCAAUAUAGGUAAUAAAAAUAGGAUUAUGACUCAGACUCUCAGCUCCUAUGAUUCUGUGAUGCCCUCCUGCAUCAAUUCUGUAUCACCUGCCGUUUCGAAAACCUCAAUGAAGUCUACAGCAGUUAUUUCUGUAUCCGUUCUACCAGAACUCAUAUCCUCUUCAUCUUUGUCCUCCAUAUCUUUUAGUGAAAAGCCUUCUACUGCAGCCUUCCCACCUCUGGGAACGAAUGUUUCAACACCAUCCUACUCUCCAAUGCAAUGUAACACUUUGCCAAUCCAUUCGAAAUCGAUUUCGUCUAAUGCUGCCUCUUCAUCGAACGAUUCAAACUUAUCUGAAAGUCCAAGUUCCUCUAACAAUCAAAAUAAGUUUGGUUCCAUGUAUUCAUCUUCUAUUGAUUCGGCUUUAAACGAUAACCGAGAAAAACAAGAACGAAAAAUUCAUGGGCUUCCCGAUUCGAAUUCAAUGUAUUCAAAUUUGAUACUGAAUAACCAUUCGAACUUUUCAUUUUUAUGUCCUAGCUCUACAGGUCUCAGCUCUGGAAUUCGACCAAACUUGUGUGUUCCAUCGUCACUUAUGAGCUCAAACAGCUCCAUAUAUUCUUUCUCUUCGUCGCAAAAUUAUUCACCAACAUACGCCACAUUUGCUUCCCUGCCUCCUACAAAUUCAACCCCGACGUCAUUUUCAUUUUCGCUUUCCUCAAACCCUCCAGUCUCUAGUACGGCAGUUGUGAAUGCUUCUAAUUCAAGCCUUUCCCAAACUGAGCUCACGCAGCCAUGUGCAAGCACGUGUGAUAAUUUCAACUUCCCUCCAUUCUUAACUGGCAAUGAAGUGCACCAAAAUAUCCCCGUUCAAUCGUAUCACAGGUACCCCAUAACAUCGUCUUGGGAUGCUGGUUCCGACACAAAUUUAAAUUCAUUUGUGCCUACUACGUUUGUAGUUUCUUUUGCUGAAUCGUACCCUUCCAUUCAAAAUGUUUCAAAAUCUUUCGACUCGAGUGUUUCAAGUUCCACUGUUGAAAGAAACUCAAUCAAGAUAUCAUCGACCUCUGCCACUAGCCCGGCUAAGUAUAACGAUUUGGUGACAGAUGUUGCACGGCUACCUUCGAGUCUAGCUAUCUCAUUAGACGUUUCUCAUUCCAAGUCAUCCGACACACCCACUUCGCUGCCGGCGACUAGAGAACCAACUUCUGCGUGUGUUAAUCACUCGUUUGUCUCGACGUCGCUUUCGUCAGCUGGCUUCUUCGUGCCUAGUAGUUUAAAUUCUGCUAGUGGACCGAGUAAACCCAAAACUUCUAAUGUUGUGAAGGAAGCAGUUCGUGACUAUUCCGUUUCAACUACUCAUUCGGAGAAUUCUCGAGUUCCCGAAGCAUCACUCGCUUGUACAAACGUUGUGAAAGGUACAUGGUCAUCGUCAGUUGCGAGCAAUGAUAAAGAAAAGAGAUACAAUCCAGAAGUUUUUCCCGCCGGCUCCUGUGAAACGAACGUCAUUGCUAAAGUUGAUGUGUCCACGACUGAUAACGAUGGAAGAAAAGAAGAGAUCCAUAGUGCUUUAGAAGGUCUAGUGUCUUCUCAUUCAUGUCCCUCUUCCUCUUCUGCCGAGUGUUCAACAAACAAGUCGAGCGCUCUAGGUGUAGAUACUUCUUUACUGGGUGAUGAUGUAUCGAGUAAUCCUCCCACAUCGAACGUGCCGAUCUGCACUGUGGCGAUUACUUCUGGUAAUGAGAAUUCUAGAGUUGAACCUUUUCCCUGUAAUCCUUUCUCAGCAACUGAGAGAGCUCUGAAUUCAGCAUCUACAUUUCUUGGUCCUACUCUCCCAUUCUUAACUUCAAGUGUAGCUCUACCGUUGGAUAAUUCUAACUCGUUCCAUAGAGCGGUUUUUGGUGCCAAUUCUACUGAAACCGAUUCAUCAACUGUCGACGGAUCUUCUUCUAUUUUAGGGGGACCGUCGCACCAAUCUUCUUUUCCUGCUUUAGGCUGUGAGCCACUUUGUUAUUAUCCUCUGUCAACGUCGAUUAACACUUUUCGAAGUAUACAAUCUGCAGAAGUUAGUCCCGUUAAAAAUACCACUCCUUCAAUCACCCCAGUUUCCGCAGGAAACGCAAAUUUUGAACCUAGCGGAGUAUCAUCUGGCUCUAAUGACAAGUCUUUGGGAAUAGCAUGGAGCUCGGACGUUACAGCAAACACAAGUUUGUCAUUUCCUUCCAAAUCUUGCCAAGAUAAACUUGUUACCGAUUCUAGUAAUGGAGCUUUCACGGAGCCGGCGCAGAAUCUCUUACCGAGUCGAAUUCUAUCAGCGAAAAUUACCGACUUCAGUCAAGAUUACCUAACUUCGUCCUCACCCGGCGCUGGAAUUAGCGCCACUGUUAAUUUUGGAGUUUCUAUUUCAGCUGCGACCUUCGAGGGUAGUCAGUAUAAAUCAAGUCCACUGAUUGAUAACAAUGCAACAAAACCUGUUGACAAAAUCAAUUCAAUUCCAAAUAAGGCCUCUGAUAAUUAUAGCAACUCUCUUCCGAAUGAUAGUUCCAGUAAGAAAUCGAACAAAAUUACCGAUAAUCAGGGAGAACAACGUUCUAUGCUUUUACCUAUCUGUAGCAGUGAAAAAAUUCCGACUUCGGUUCCUGAACAAUCUAGCUCAGGAAAUUUGUUACCUGCUUCGACCUGCUCGAAAAUUAUUUGUGGAUCCCAUGUUGAAGGUGAAUUGAAUAUUUCUAUGACAGAUAGUAGAAAGGUUUUCAUGUCUGCUAGUGCCGAUUCACAAAAAUCAACCCCAUGUUCGCAGAAUAACAAAUAUGUCGUUCUGCCAGAUAAACCUCUAGGUAUCUCGUCCGCGGUCUCCGGUAGUACAGAGUUCAAGAUUCCACAGCAAAGUCCAGUUGAUCGACAGGAGAAUAACUCGAAGAAUUCCGAGAUAUCUUCUUCAUCUGUGCCAAUCUCAUCUCGGAACAUCAUUAAUUUGAAGCCAUUGGUAGAGUCUUCCAAAUCUUUACUAUCGGCAACGUUAUCAAUUUCUAAAAUCGAAGACACGCGUUUGGUCAGCGCUAGUCAAGAAAUUGGCCUGGUAAACGCUGGUUGCCCUAAAACUGCAGUAAGCGUAGAUAAUUCAACCUUAAACAAUGCAUCAGUCUCUCAGAAAGAUCCCGGUUCUGAUAAAGUAGUUAACCAACCUGCCACUGUAGCAAACCUAAAAACGCGCAUUGAUGUUAACCGGGAAGACUGCUUACCUAAUGAUUCCGUUAUAAGUGAAAAAGCAUCAACGUCUACUAUUGGUAAAAAUUUUGUUUCUGGCAGCAAAGCUCAAGAAUCUUCCUCUUUGAGUAGCCAUCAAAGACCUGUCGCUGGUGAAAGAGCUUGCGAAGCGAACUCUUCGAAUAUUUGCGUGAAAAACGAUGUUACGGAUAAAACUAAAAAAAGUCCCCCUAAUUCUGUUGAAGGACAUAUUCCUGUUCGCCCCCAACAAUCGCUUCCGUCAUCGCACCAAAUGCAGAAUCAAAUGCAAAUGUCUCAGAAUAGUAAUUUUCAGAAUCAGUUUUCUCAGUACCAAAAAAGCUUACCUCACCAACAAACACAUUCAUUGAAACAGACUCACGAUCUUGAUAUGCAGCAACUCCAACUGCAGCAACAACAGCAACAUCACAUGAAUCUUCAGUUGUCUGGUCCAAUGCACCACCACAAUCAGCACACCCACAAUACCCAAUUACAGUCCCACCAAACUCACCAUCAUCAGCAGCAACAACAUGAGCAUUUAAUGGGCAGUAAUUUGUAUUCUCCGUCGGCUUUUGACUACUCCGGCUCUCUAUACAACAGACGCCACCCUACCUCUCCUCGCGGGGACUCGCGUCAUUGCUAUGCUUCCUCUACGUACGCAAAAGAUCAACAACUUCAAAAUUACCAGCUUGACAAUCAGAGCGCCCUGAACGAUCUAUCCGGUGUUAGUAGUUAUUUGCUUGAUGAUGGGCCUGAUGAAAGAGAAAACCUGACUGACCCCGUGAGAUAUUUUUCUGUUACUCAUUUGGUGAGUCAAAACACUACUCGAAAACAGUCCACUAAUUCGACCAAAUCCGAGGACAAAAAGUCCGACAAGACUACGAAGCUCAUUAGUGCAAAGAAAACCGAAUCUAAAUCUCGGGGCAAAACAGUGGCAGCAACUGACAGUCGACGUCGCAGCCCAGGAAGAAGCCAUGUUUCUUCUCAGCAAGCAGUGAUGUGGCAUUCAUCGAAGCAAAGUUCAUCGGGCUUGUCCAAAACUCCCAACUACAGCACCGAAGCAAUUUUAUCUUCUCAGAAUUACAUGCGCUCUGCGGCCGUUGCUGCGCCUCCUCAACCAAUAAAUCAUAAUUAUACUAUUGGAAUGACUCAGAAUGUCUACCAGUAUCCACAUCAAAUGAAGAAUUUCUCUCAGAAUACUUCAGUUCCGUUUGGUUACAGUAGUUCGUCCAAUAACCCUACUGAUGCGUGCACUCCUGAUUACAACUUUCAGCUUCACCAAGCAGCUGGACCUCUUGGGUAUGCCAGCAACGUGUCAUACAUGGCUCCCACUUAUCCAUACCAAGCCCCAAGUUCUUCAGGAAUGCUAUCUAGCGAUCUCAUGACUGGUUCUCACCCACCUCCUCCUCCACCACCACCGUACCCACGCUUCCACGAAUUCCCAUCUGAUCAAAACAGCUUUCCGCCUAACCCAAGCUUCCCGUUCGCGUUUGAUACUCAAGAUAUGUGUGGUGGGUCUAGUGGCGCUGUCGGUAAUGCCCAGUACCCAAGUUCCAUGCUGGAUAACUCCCUCAUUGGAGGCUCCGCCGGCAGUAAUCACCGAAGUGGCCCAUGCGUUCCCUUCAGUCCUCUAAGAAUGAUGGAAAGACAGCAAAGUUCCGCUACGUCUGGCAACAUGACUCCCGCUGCUCAACUCUCUUCAUCUCUGUCUAACUUCAAUCUUACAAGUAUCAUUCCUGAGAUUGACAACAACAAGGUUGUGAGCGACAACCCUUCUCUGCUGAGUACGCCUCGAAGUGGUUCUCUGGCGUCUGCGUCCUCCGCAAGGUCUUCUACUGUGGCGUCUGCUGAUGCUUCGUAUGCUCUCAAGCUGCCUCAGCUCGACCACGCACCUAACAAAACACAUUUCCAUCCUCAAAUCGCCAACUCCAUGAAUAAUUUCUUCUCUGCUCAUCCGCAGGUUGGCUUCGGCUUGAAUGCAUCUUCGCUGCCUCUGCCUACAUCAUCGUUCUCAUGUCUCAACUUCCCGCAUCCUGACCACCCUUAGUCACAGCACACCUAAUACUGCUAGUAACCUAAAACUAAACACCCCGAAUUACCUAACAAUUAACACUCCUAGUAUCCUACAACGAACAUAUCCCAAACCGAAUAUAUUUAGUUACACUAGUUUCAAUUGGUCAAUACAUGUCUCCCAACAUUUUAUGUGGCCCGCUCGUCGUUCCUGUUGAUUCACAAAAAUAUCUCCUAGAUUAUUCCUUUUUUAUUAACUACUUACUUUGUCGUUGAACUCUGACACUAACAACUUGAGCCAGACAUACUCUAGCAAAGGUUUUUAUUCGCAAGUAGGUGUGGUCUUAUCGGCUCGAUGUUUUUGUUGAUUGUUUUGAGAAAAUAUGCCGUUCAUAAACUGCUUUAUUAUUUACUCCUUGUUGCAGUCACAACAAUAUGAGGAUGUCAACAAAUUUAUCAGCAUGCUAAUGAAAUAGUGAAAAUUCGUUUAAUUUAAUUAAACGAAUUAAUUAAUUCGUUGAACUUACGUAUUCUUCCUGUCUCGGCUAAAAUUUUGUUAAUUAUUAGUAAUCCAAAAAUGUUAAAAAAUAUUGACAACUCUUGUGCUUCAACCAUCGUUCCCAGGAGAUAUCAUCUGGAUUGUUAUGUAAGUGAGAAAAUAAUAUAUUGUUCAUCUACUCCUGA